AUGCUGGGUCGCUGGAGUAUUGACGGAGUCUUCACAAUGCGGCGUAUUCCUCGAGAACACCAGGAAUGGGCUCAGAAGAAGCAGAUCGAAGCAAUCAAGACCUUUUUCGCAACAAUUUUAGUGGCAUUGGUCUUUGUGCUUGUCAUGUAUCUAGCUGGUUAUUCACCACCGUAG